AUGGCCCCGAGAGUUAUUGUCGUCGGCGCCGGCUUGUCCGGUCUGAGUGCCGCCCACACCGUCUACCUCUCAGGAGGCAAUGUUCUCCUCCUCGACAAGAACAACUUCAUGGGCGGCAACUCCACAAAGGCCACGUCGGGAAUCAACGGUGCUCUCACCAGGACUCAGGUCGACCACGAGAUCCGGGACAGCGUGAAGCAGUUCUACGACGACACCCUCAAGUCUGCCCGUGACAAGGCCCGUCCCGACCUGAUCAGGGUCCUCACAUACAAGUCGGCCGCUGCCGUUGAGUGGCUGCAGGAUGUCUUCAACCUCGACCUGACCCUGGUCUCGCGGUUAGGAGGUCACUCCCAGCCCCGUACCCACCGUGGCCACGAUGCCAAGUUCCCCGGUAUGGCCAUCACGUACGCUCUGAUGCAGCGCUUCGAGGAGCUCGCCGAGAAGGAGCCCGAGCGCGUCCAGCUCAUCAAGAAGGCGAAGGUGACGAGGGUCAACAAGGAUGGCAACAGGGCAACCGGCGUGACAUACGAGUUUGGCGGCGAGGAGGUCACUGUUGACGGCCCCGUCAUUCUCGCCACCGGUGGUUACGCCGCCGACUUCUCGGGAGAGCAGUCUCUGCUGCAGAAGCACAGGCCCGACACCUACGGCCUGGCAACCACCAACGGCGCCCAUGCCACUGGUGAUGGCCACAAGAUGCUGAUGGCCAUUGGCGCCAACGGCAUCGACAUGGACAAGGUCCAAGUCCACCCGACCGGUCUCAUUGACCCCAAGGAUCCCGGCUCCAAGUGGAAGUUCUUGGCUGCUGAGGCUCUCCGUGGCGAGGGCGGUCUUCUGCUCAACGGUAAGGGCCAGCGUUUCUCCGACGAGCUUGGCCACCGUGACUACGUGUCCGGUAAGAUGUGGGAGGAGAAGGAGAAGGGCUUGUGGCCCAUCCGCCUGGUCCUCAACUCCAAGGCUUCCAACGUCCUUGACUUCCACACUCGCCACUACUCUGGUCGUGGUUUGAUGAAGAAGAUGACCGGCAAGGAGCUGGCCAAGGAGAUUGGCUGUGGCGAUAAGGCCCUCCAGGACACCUUCCAGCAGUACAACCGCAUUGCAGACGGUAAGGAGAAGGAUCCCUUCGGCAAGAAGUUCUUCCACAACCUGCCUUUCGACAUUAACGACACGUUCCACGUCGCCCUGAUGGAGCCCGUCCUGCACUUCACCAUGGGUGGUAUCGAGAUCAACGACCAGGCCCAGGUUCUGAACCAGGAUGGCAAGCCUUUUGACGGCCUGUUCGUCUGCGGUGAGUUGGCCGGUGGUGUCCACGGUGCCAACCGUCUCGGCGGUUCAUCUCUGCUUGGCUGUGUUGUCUACGGCCGCGUUGCCGGUGAGAGCGCCAGCAAGUGGCUUUUCCAGAACCUUGUCAGUGGCAGCGUGUCUUCUGCUGCUCAGCGUCUCGGCCAGAUCUCGCUGCACAUCGAUCCCUCGCAGCCCGGCAAGGUCCAGGUCGAGUGGGGUAGCGGCGUAUCAUCUGGCGACGACCAAAUUGCCCGGCAGAAGCAGCAGUCCGCAGCGCCUGUCCUUAGCGGCGGCGCCGACAGCGCAGAUCCUGGCAAGGUGUCGAAGCCCAACGAUAUCAGCACCUUCAAGGUGCCCGAACAGGAGUACACUCUCGAGGAGGUGAAGAAGCACAACAAGAAGGACGACCUCUGGAUCGCCGUCAAGGGCGUCGUCAUGAACUUGUCCAACUGGGUUGACGAGCACCCCGGUGGUCCUCAAGCCCUGUACUCGCACAUGGGCAAAGACGCAUCCGAGGAAUUCGAGAUGCUGCACGACGACGAGGUCAUCCCCAAGUACGCGCCUGAAGUCGUCAUCGGCCGCGUCAAGGGCCAGAAGAUCACCCUGGAGUACUAA